AUGGCUUCGUCAUCUUUCCUCUCCCCGCAUAUUGACGACGUCCCCCUUGUGGAAGACCUCCUCGUCACCGUUCGCUUCUCCGCGUCCAUUCCCGACCUCCACCUCGAUGUCCCAGAUGCAGAGACAACGACAGGCGCAGGCCUCAAGCAAUUAAUCCGCGCCAAAUUACCACCCUCACUAUCCUCCCAUCGUCUUCGCCUUAUCUACGCUGGUCGUGGACUAGAAGACACAGCCGCCCUUGCUACAUCCCUCAAGCUCCCGCCCUCGCCAUCCCGUUCUCCACGCCCCGCAGACGAUGACGACCUCCCCGCCGCAGAGAAUGGCUCCGCAAAGGCCAAAGCCAAGGGCAAGCAGCCUAUGCGCGACCCACGCCCACGCCUCUACAUCCACUGCUCCAUCGGCGACAUCGCUCUGUCCGAGUCGGACCUAGCAGCCGAGGCAUCCGUGGCCUCGACCAUUCUUCUACAAAAGAAGAAAGAUGGCUCUCGUUCUACGUCGCUCCUCGCAUCUGCCGGUGACCAUCCCUCCCAAUCGCAAUCCCAAUCACAACAGCAACAGACAACCUCAACGACCCCCGCCCCACGCGGCUUCGACCGUCUGCUAUCCGCCGGCUUCACACCCGCAGAAGUCACCGCUCUUCGAUCCCAAUUCCUCGCCGUCCAGUCCGUCUCCAGGACGCCGGAUACGAUGCCCACGGGUGAGGAACUGCGUGAUCUGGAGGACCGGUGGAUGGAUGAGGGGUCGACGGUUGCGCAGGCGCAGGACGGUGGGGAGGGCGGUGCGAUUGGUGAUGAUGACAAUGCAUUGGGUUCUGGAUCGAGGACGGCGAUGGAUGAUAUGCUGUGGGGUGCGGUGAUGGGCUUCUUUUGGCCUGUGGGUUGUGCGAUGUGGUUGAGGAGGGAGGAGGGGAUUUGGAGUUGGAGGAAGGGUGUGGCGGUUUUUGUGGGGGUUGUGGUUAAUGCCGGUUUUGGGGCUAUGAGGAUUAUGAGUUGA